AUGGAAAAUUCAGAUUCCGAAGACAGUGAAACUGAAUCUGAGAGCCACUGUAUAAGUCAGGUGGACCGAUUAGUUCGUGAAGAAGCUUUCUAUCGAUUUGUAAAUGAUCUAAGUGAAAAUGAUUACAGGAUUAUGAGGAAUAACAAUUUGUUAGGUAACCCAGGUGAAAGUACUGAAGAAGAAUUGCUGGAAAGACUACGAGAAAUUAAAGAGGGCCCGCCACCGCCACCGCCACCGCCACCGCCACAGCCACCGCCACAGCCACCGCCACCGCCACAGCCACCGCCACCACCGCCACUUCCACCAACAACAACACCGCCACCAACACCACCACCACAAGGCUCAGGUGAAGGUGAAGGAAACCUUUCUGAUGAAGCAUCUAUUACUAGAGCCCUUGUGAACUGGAUGAACUCUUUUCAGCAAGCUGGAAAUGUGACUUUUGAACAUCCUCUAAUCAAUGAGACUGAGGUUUAUUCUAGAAACCAGCCACAGGAAACAGUGAGAGAGCAAUUAACUGGAGAUGAAUUACAACAUAGUAGUCUUUUUACAACUUCUGACAGAAGAGAUGUCCCUCAAGGGGAAAUUUCUGAAGAAACAAUGAGCAAUGAUGAGUCUUGGAGAUCAAGACAGAGAAAUCCAGCCACAUACUUAGAUCCUGAAGUAAGGCAUAUUCAUCCUGGAGAACACUGGGAGAGAGACAACAUAGCUGGUAGAACCCCGUCAACAUCUCAGACAACUGGCAAUGCUAUCACUUACGAAGAUGAAGAAGGUUUUAGGCAUUUGUAUUCACAAUUUCAUCAACCAGGUGUGAGAACCUGUAUCCAUACCAUGAGAAUCGCCAGUCGUGCAACUUCAGAUACUGCCUUAACUGAUAUGGAAUCUAGUGCAAUUCGUAGCACAUUAAGACAAAUAAUGGAAGGAUUUAAUGAUUCAAACAACUUUACACACAAUGAUAUUAAUUCAGAGCCUAGUGACUCUGUUUCAAGUCACAAUAGGGAACUUACAGAUUCAGACAAUGAAAGUGCUGGCACUUCUGAUGGUAUCAGCCAUUCUCAUUCAAAUUCAAACCCUAGCAUUAUUUACAGUUCAAAUAUUGCAUCAUUUCUCAAUUCAGGCUCCAGCUCCAGGUCUAGUUCAACAUCUAGCUCUAGUGACGAAAACUCAAGCAUCAUUUCACAGUUUUUAGAAGAUAGUGAUGAAUCCGAGGCCAGGCAACAGGUACAAUACGAGUCCCCAGUACUAUUUGAUGAAAAUGACUCUUGGACCUUUUUUGACUUGGCUCAGUUUUUCCAACUAAAUGAAAAUCAUCAGGUAAAUGAAAAUAAUCAGGAUCAACCCAGAGGACUCACUACAGAACAGAUUGACAACUUGGAAAUUAGAUCGUUCUGUGAACAUGAUGCAUUAAAAUCCUGUAGUGUCUGCAUAUCCGAUUUCACCGAAGGAAACAAACUACGCAUACUCCCUUGCUCCCACCAAUAUCAUGUUCACUGUAUCGAUCCCUGGCUAGCUGAAAACUCCACCUGCCCGAUUUGUCGCCGUAAUGUCAUAGAUCCUAAUGACAGAUAA